AUGGAAAGAUCAGGAACUAGGCGUAAAUCGCAAAAAGGAGGUGUUUUGAAUGCACUAAAAGACCUUGUCCACAAAAAGGCGCCCAACCCCAAGGACGCGCUUCGCACAGAUCCGGACUCGACAACUUCACAAGUUUCUGCCCGUCACACCCCUCCGGAUGUCUCAGAGCUGCGAAAACUCUCGAAGCAGGGAUCCAGUGUUGCCGCUCCUCCGACUCUAUCUAUUACAGAGCACGAUGCACCACAGAGCUCCAUAUCGAGAUCAGUCUCCGGGACGAACAACGGCCCGCGACAUUUACCUGAUGAACCUACCUUUUCAACCAUCAAUUCUGAUGUGCCCCUUAUCCCGAUACAACGCAACUUGUCUGAUGCAGAGCAGUCAUCUAUGCAACAUGACAAUGAGCAUGCUGAUAACCUUACGGCACCUGGACAGUUUCCCGACGAUGCAGAAGAGUCGUUGGGACCAAACCUUUUGAUGGCCUCUUUACAAAUUCCUGCAUUUCUCGGAUUAGACUACUCACCAUUUGAUUUGUAUAAGACCAGUGACAAGGGAGAGAAUGGUGCGAGCGAUAUAGACGAUCUUCCAUCUUCGUUUUAUUCAGGCUCGGAGCAAGCCAUCAUGGCUGAUUCUGGAGAAAACACAGACUUUUUCGAAGAAAAAUUGAACAAAAAAUCUGGCCGGUCCAAGCAUGUAUUCAAGUCCACAAACAGGACAACACCUUCUUCGCCAAAGGAACUUGCCAGCCCCCAUGGGUCACCCAGACCCCAUGAUGAUGAUUGGACCAUCACUGAUGAGCCCGAUUUAUUUCCAGAACAAGAGGGAGACUUUGGUGAUGAGCUGCAUUCAAACGGGUCGCGUUUAAUGGGCGUAAACAAAUCGCUGCACGAACUCGACGAGGUGGAAAUAAAUGAGUUCCUCAACCACUUUAGUCGGCAUACAAGAGAAGUGCAUUUGCCGCAUGCCACGCGGCACUUUAUGCGCAUGCCGCAAUGGUCUGACUUUGCGUAUUCAUCGGACGAGCAUGAUGAUGACAUCACCCCAUUUGCUCCUAAUGAGAAGCUUGCUCAGCGUCACCGUCGAUCACGCCUGCUGAUGCAUGUGGAUCGUGGCUUGUACAUGCUAGAGUCGCAUGACGAUCCAAAUGAACACUACUCUGACGCCGCCGCCUAUACACCGAACGAGGACAUGGACUCUCCCAAGGGACUCAGACCUGAAUCCAGUCAAAAUACUUCUACUAUGAGCGGUAGAGAUUCUGCUGUAUCCAGGCAAUCACGCAUAAAUGUGGCGAUGGAACCCUACGAGGUGGAUAUAGCUCUGGACUCGGGUGAAGAUAACUUUUCGGAUAACGUGGAAGUGUCACCUUUGCCCAAGUCGCCCAAGCGUGUGCGUAUCGGAAAAGAUCAUGCAAGAAAAACGCCUCUCCUUGAUGAUGCACAUGUGGAUGGCAUUGCUUUUUGUGUGGCAUAUAUUUUGGCCCUCGUCGAACAAUACGCUCCGGAUGACUUGGAUGAAGCACCUAUCACAGAGUACCGUGAGAGCCGAGCUCGUUCCCAUAUUGAACGAUUGUACAUUAUUGCGCCGUUUUGGGAACAGCUUGUGCAUUACUUACGUACUUUGUACUGUUGGGAGGAGCCACGUCGAACAGCCGCGGCUGCGAUGAUUUAUUUUGUAUUGUGGUACUCGGAUCUACUGCCUACUGCCUUUUUUACUGUACUGCUCUAUUAUGUGUUGCAGUUCCGCUUCUUUCCCCAAGAUGAGUCGCUCUUGCACCGACGCGUGCACGAGCGUAUGUUGCGUGGGCAACAUGCGAAUCGCCUUGCUGAGCGCCUGAAGCGACGCAGCAGGCUAGACAUUUUAGAUCUGUAUAAACGCUGGGCAAGAACUUAUGGUGUGGUAAGUCAAGUAUUUGCUGGAGACGUGGCCGAUUUCCAUGAGAAAAUCAAAAAUCUUUUGCUUUGGCGUAACCCCAAUGCCAGUCGGCGUACAUCGAUUUUGUUAUUUGGACUUGUGGUGUUUGCGACGCUCUCGAGUCCUGCCCUCAUUCUCAAAGUAUUUUUCUUCAUUUGUGGUUUUACCUUUUUUGCAUUGAUGCCAUUGCAAACAUUGUAUCCACGUUAUCGCCGUGCAUUAAACCCACUGUGGUGGGCCGUGCUUGGUGCACCGACGGAUGCUCAAUGGGCCAUACAGCUUUUGCGCUCGCGCCAUGCACGGUACCAGGCCUGGCUCGCUCAAACUAAAAAUUCAACUAUGAAGUACUCUGGCUCGAUGUCGCCGUCCAUGCCGUCGCCCUCACUGGGUGAUACACGUAUUUCACAAACGCAGCAGCGGACGGGAAAGUCACACUUGAAUAUACCCACCGAUAAAGCAUCUAAAGGAAAAGCAAUAGCGAUGGACAAUCGCAAGCUGGAUAGCUUCCUUUGUCAACAUUAUGGCGUGCCUGGACACUUGAACGUGACGCCCUCACACUUUUACUUUUCACCGCUGCUGGUCAAAGGACAUGCGAGUAAGUUGUAUGUGACGAGUCUAGAAGAAAUGGAAGGCCUACGCAAAACACACACGACUCGCUUGGGUAUAUGGGAUUCGCAUGGUCUGAAAAUUACUCGACAUGGCAAGAACACGCUCUUCCUGUCGAACAUGACUCGGCGUGAUGAAGCAUUCAACCUACUUCUCACUCUUGCGUCUCACAUUGUACAGGAUUUGGUGUAG